CUCUCUCUCUCUCUCUCUCUGUGAUCUACAGUUGUUGCGCGUUCGUGUGCUCGUGGGCAAGGAAAAGGAAAGAUGGCCAGUGCGAAAACAAGCAUCCUCUUUGCAAUCCUUUGCAUUGUCCUGGUACAUGAGCUGCUGAUUUUUGGUGGAGAACAAUUCCAAGCUGAAGCUCAAAAAAUUGAUUGCAAGUCCAAGUGCAACUACAGGUGCAGCAAGGCAUCGAGGCACAAGAUGUGCAUAAGGGCGUGCAACACGUGCUGCAAUAGGUGCAACUGCGUGCCUCCUGGCACUUCAGGGAACGAGGACGUUUGCCCUUGCUACGCCAACAUGACCACCCAUGGCGGCCGACACAAAUGUCCCUAGAUCACAUUAUAUAUCUCGAAGUUCACUCGAUAUUGGAUAUAAUGCGUACUGUGUUGUGUAUGUCACUGUGUGUGCGUUCGCGUCUGUCUAAAAGUAAUGCGUGCACGCAUGCAUGUGUGUAGGAAGAAAAGUAAGAUUGGGUUUGUAUAAGAAUUGCAAAUAAGUUGAAUGUGAGAAGUGGUUUCUAUGUUCUUAUUGAUCGAGGGUUCAUUUCCAAGUAAGAAACCUUUCGCAUUAUUUAGUUGAGGUCUUUGAUUAAAUAACAUGUGUCUCUGAGUUUCCUAGCAGAAUUAUGUAAGGAUGGUUAUGUGCUACACAUGAUUAAAUAAUCCAUCAAUGUCUAGAUUGUGGCUUCUUCAGUAGGGUAUGGAUGAAAGAAAGACAAAACGCGAUUCCAUUCCUUGUU